AUGAAUGACAGACAAGAAUUGAAUAGAAAUAUAAAUAAAUGUGAAGUAAAAGAGAGCGAAACAGAAGUGAACAGCAAUUCAGACACCGAUUGCACCGAAAGUGAGACAAAACGGAGGAAAUAUAUGAAAACUGGCGGUCAGUUUGUAUGCGAUUUCAUGGGAUGUGAUAAGAAGUAUAGCCAUAGAAGUGGUCUCAGUAAACAUAAACGGAAACAUUCGGGUCAGACAUACAGGUGUGAUGUCGAGGAAUGUGAGGCAAUGUUUACCACUAAAGAGUACUUAAGUGGUCACAAGAAAACACACACCACUAAGAAGUCAUUGUCUGGAAGUGAAUCACAUUUAAAGACAAAAACAGAUAUUAGGAGCGAAACAGAAGAGUAUAAUAAAGGGUCGAGUGAUGAAGAAAUGGACGACAAGUCAGACACCGAUUGCACCCAAAGACAGACUAAACGUAGAAAACAUAACAAAACUGACGGUCAGUUUGUAUGCGAUUUUAUGGGUUGUGGAAAAAAAUAUAAGAAUAAGAGAUAUUUAAAUGAACACAAAGAGAUACAUUCGGAUCAGACCUAUGAGUGCGAUGUCGAAGAAUGUGGUCAAGUAUUUGCCAAAAAAGUCAAUUUAAGGAUACAUAAGUAUAGACGACACAAGUCUAAGAUGUCAGACAUCGAUACGAAGUCUAAACGGAAACCCAUUUAUUGCUGUGAUUUCAUCGGUUGUGGAAAGACUUAUACCGAUAGAAGACAUCGAAAUAAUCACAAACUCACACAUUUAGGUCACACCUAUCGGUGCGAAGCCGAUGACUGUUUGGCAACAUUUGUCACUGAAAUACACUUAAGACAACACGUGAAGAAUAGGCACAGAACUGACUUCCAGUGCCAACAAUGCCAUUACAAGACCGGACUCUUAAAGAGUUUUAAAUCACAUCAAAUCAGUCAUUUAAAUGACCACCGAUUCAAGUGUUCAAUCAAUGGCUGCGAUAAGACGUUUAAAACAGAAGUUCAGUUGAAUAUACACCAGAAGAGAGUACAUCCGGAUUCUUUUGCAGACAUACCAUGGAUUGAAUGCUCGCAUACGGGCUGUCAGUAUAGGACUAAAUGUAAACCAGUCUUUAGAAUACACAUGAAAAGUCAUUCAAAUGAAUGCCUAUUCAAGUGUUCAAUGAAUGGCUGCAACAAUACGUUUAAAAACGAAGUUCAGUUAAAUAAACAUCAGUUGAGAGCACAUCCCGAAGAAUUUCCCGACAAACCAUGGAUUGAAUGCUCGCAUACGAGCUGUCAGUAUAGGAGUAAAUCUAAAUUAUCCGUUAAGGAUCACAUGAGAACUCAUUCAAAGCCCUAUCGAUGCGAUGAAUGCGGAAAAUCUUUCGGUUCGAGUUCUGAUCUUAAGAGUCAUAAGAGAAGUCACGACAAGUCGUCGCAAAUCCCGUGCGAAUGGUAUGGAUGUGAGCGACGGUUUUUGCAGAGGUCUAAAAUGAAAGCACACAUGAAUACACACACGUGUGAGACCACAUACCGGUGCCAAUGGCCCGGUUGUGACAAUACUUAUGUCAAUAAAUGGUCGUUAAGUGGACACCAAAAGAGAGUACAUAAGGGUUUGUUAGAUCUCAAGUGUCAUUGGCCUGAAUGCGAGUACUCGACCACUAAUCCCAUUAGACUUCAUAAUCAUAUCGAUAGACAACACAAGGGUCUGCAGGACUACCGGUGCUCUCAUACGGGCUGUGAUUAUACGACCACUAAAUGCGGGGAAUUAGACAAACAUAUGGUUAUUCAUAACCAAUGA